AUGGAGCCGUCCAACUUUACCCAACCCAUGAUCCUUCCGCUCAUGAACUUGAAUGGUGGCGACGAUUUCAAUUACGCGAGAUUCCUCGAUGAUGAUAUUGGCUACCUCGCUAGCAAUGAAUCGUCUACCUCUCUUCAGGCAUUGAAUAAUGAAUUCGGUGCGUCGAGUGCCUCGCCUCCGGCAAGUGCGCCCGCCAAGGCUGUCUUGAAUCAGAAACAGAGAUUGGAGCGGCGGGGUCAUACCAAGAGUCGACGCGGUUGUUAUAACUGCAAGAGACGUCGGAUUAAGUGCCAAGAAAACCGGCCAGCAUGUGGACACUGCGUGAAGACGGGAUUGAAAUGUGAAUAUCCAGCAGUUCCACAGGUCGUGCAUCAACCGCAAAACCAAGUUCCUCUCUUCAGUCUGCAGGACAUGCGAUUCUUCCAGCAUUUCCUGUUCGUUUGCUUUCCAAACCAUCCGAUAGGAAACGAGGCUAUCUGGACGCAUGAAGUCCCGUGUCUAUCACAAAAUUACGAUUAUCUCAUGCACGCCAUCCUAGGACUUGCGGCAUCCGAUCUUAUGUUACAAGAUCCCAGUUUGGUCACAUUCGCCAUGAUGCAUAGGCUGAAGGCCAUCAAAGCGAUUAAGAAGAGGCUCAACGAGGCCCACAAGUCGAACAAUCCCGAAGAAGGAAACGCCAUCGUGGCAACAUGCUUCGCCCUAACCUUCCAAUCCGUAAUCCUAGACGACGGGAUGGCAGAGUACAUGACAUUCUGCCGGGGCAUCGUGCUCGUAGCCGCGCGAACAUGCGCCAUGCACCGGGACCGGUUCCUCUUCAGCAACAUGGGCAACAACGAGCCAGCCUCGCUUUUACGCCCAUUCCUCGAGAACAUGCCCCCGGUAAACUCUGAAUGGGUCGACAUGGCCAUAGCCUCCAUCCGCGCCAUCGAGCCAUUAGUCCUACUAUGCCGGGAAGACUCGGAGUCAACCUCCACCUCUAACUCCUGCGAAGAAAGGAGCGAGGGCAUGGGAGUAGAGGAAGAAUUAAGGAGGGGCACCGGAAGCGGAAGUGCAAGCGGAAGCACAAGUGGAGAAACCACCGGCACCGUAGUCGAAGCCGAAUACUACCGAUUCCUCAUCGACAUGGCCGAGGCCCUCUACGAGCCGAAUCCAUACCACGCCUACGAACUCCUAUGCGCGCACUACGGAUGGUGGAUCCAACUUCCACACUCACGCUUCCGGCGCCUCGUAGACCCAACCAGCCAAACCGCAACCCUACUCGCCACGCACUGGAUCGCAUUGAAGCAAAUCAUGUGGCGUGUAACAUCCGCCGAGCACCGCUUACGUGCUCAAGAACCGCGCGACAUACCAGUAGUCAAACCCAAAAAGGACGGCGAUGGUAGUAACAAGGACACGCACGGCAACGAAAAAGACGAAGACGGCGACAUCUUAGUAGACCCGGGCAUGGCGCGGUGGCUCAAGUAUCUCAAUCGCCAAGUCGACGCCGAGCACCGGCGCUACAACGACUGGCCGGUGUGGGUACAGCAACAACUCGAUCGGGACAUUAGGUACUUCGGAAAGACGAGGGUUUAA